AGUGGCGGCUGAGGGUUGGACGCUGCGUCUACUGGUGGGGACGCUUCCCACGCCACCCUGGGACGCUGCCCACGCCGCCCAGCCACUGGACGCCCGUGCCAUACACUUGCGGCUGGGUGAACUGGGAGCGCCCGGGAAUCGAACCAUUGACCCCCGGAACAGGAGACGAGCGCUGUAUCUAUUCAACCUCUGCUCUCCACACGAGGCUACCACAUCGUUGGAGACAGGGCGAGGGUGUGUUGAGUCAUGCCACCGGAGUACCAAACAUUAUCAUCCAAGAAGAAAAUCGGUCAUUGAAAACUAAGGCGGAGCGGCAGCAGUGACAACAAGAGUAGCAGGGAAGAGUGAAGCAGGAGGUUCAUUAGCAGAAAGAGGGGCGAGUAGAGGUAGAAGGAGGGCUCUCAAAUACAAAAGGAAGACGACGAGGUUCAAGCAGGGAGGUCUAAAAUGGCAGGUGCAGGGGUACAGCUGACACUAUGCGGCCUCCUGCUGUACCUGGCUGAGCUGCGCCUCGCAUAUAGGAUCACCACCGUGGACUCAGCUGGUGUGUGCAACGAGACCAUCUGGCUGGAGGACGGGGCCAAGUCUGCCGCCAUCCUCAGACUCACAGCCAAAGACUUCUAUGACUUUGCUCCUCUCCGCUGUCACAUCACCUUCAAGGCCUCGCUCCACCUAUGGUCGGGCCUGACUGGGGUGCUGGAGGAGGUGGACCUGAGGCGUUAUGAGGGCACCGCAGGGCAUCGUCCUCCCCAGACCGAGUGUGUCGACUAUAUCAUGGUGGUGUCGAAGGCAAAGGGGAUUUCCCAGGAGCAGCAAUGCGGGUCUUGGUCAGUUUCGGGUCAGGAGCGACUCACCGACGCGGUCUCCAGGAGGACGCUCUUUGGCAACUGCCCGGACUCUGUAGCCAACGGGAACAGCGUCCAUAGGUGUGGGGUGAUGGAGCUGACGGUAGAGGUGUCGAUAGGGGAGAGGGACCACCGCUUCCUUGGGCAAGACAUCCGCUGGCGUCCUCACCGGGGCUUCACCUUCGUUGUCACCGCCUACAGUUACCCAUACCCAGAGAGAGACUGUGCUGGAGGUCUGCGGUCGUGCGGUACAACUGGAAGUCAUGACCAGAAGACCCACUGCGUCCAUCAGUCUCUGUGGUGCGACCAUCACAUCAACUGCGGCCAACCUCACAACCUUGACGAGAUCUCCUGUCUUGAUGAUGAGAUAUUGGGGGGUCUGGUGACGGUGAUGGUGGGGCCGUGGGUUGGGGCGGCACUCUUACUACUGCUGGUGCUGGGUAUGGUGGUGUACUGGCGCCGUGCCCGACCACCUGCCCCUAGGGAUCACCUACCCCCACAGGAACUCAACUCUUAUGCCGAGUCCUACGAAGUGUCCUCUACUCUCUCCUCCGCCCAUCAUAUGGCGAUUCAGGUUCGUGUUGUGUGUAACUCUGGUCACGGAAUCCACACCCAGCUCUCACACCCCUGGCAGACUUCAGAUCUUCCGCCCUCCUACGAAUCGCUCUUCCCACAGGGUCCGCCCUCUCCCAAGUUCUCCACCAGCACCUCCACCACCACUAUCCCCGCCACCAACUCCGCCACCAGCUUCGACAUCACUACCACCUCCCUCGUCAGCCUCGGCUCCAAUACUAACGCUUCUCCCGCCACUUCCACUUUCUUCUCCAAUACGACGCAGACCUCCAGCAUCGUCAUCCCCAUCAGCGCCAUAUGCAACACUUUAAGCACGUCGGGCGUCUCCACCUCUUCAUAUACCACCACUACAGCCUUCACCACCACCCCUGUCUUCACCAACACAGCCACUAGCACCAACACAACCACUAGCGCCACCACUAGUUCGUCUUUCACCAACACUACAAUGGUUACCGGCUGCUCGGAAUCCACCACCACCCCUACAACCACCCUCUCUGUCGCCUCCUACAGCUCCUCCCCGUCGACUACUACGACAGUGUCUGUCACGUCAGCCGCCAUCAGUGAAGGUCCGGGCACUGUAUCGUCUCAGUGUGAGGCUCAUAGUGCUGACAGACUGACCACUUUCCACUCUGACAACACAGAUUUCGGUAACAGGAGCAAUAGGAGACAUGUCACGCCGACGACGAACCAUACUGAGGUUGGUACCCGCACCAGUAAGGCAUCCACAGCACCCAGACCUGCCCCACCCUACGCCACACCCCCACUUGUAGAACCCGAGGACACAGAAAUUACACCCAGUAAGUCUGUAAACUGUACAUCACCGCCAGAACCAACACCUGAUCAUUCAUGUCCGAGACCCGGUGGUGCAGAGAGCGAGGCGACGGUAGUUAGUGCAGCAAAAGACACCUCAGAGGCGGGACACCACACUAGUACUUGGGACACAGAGACACACUAUUCUACACAGGGGUCACCUUUAUCACUUUCUUUCCUUAUAGAAGACCCUUCGCACGUAGUAGACGAAGUAUUACCGCCGUUCAGUGGAGGAGACACCGAGACCUUUGAGGACACCGUAUCAGCACUCAGUAUAUCAGUGGACACGGGACAGACAGGCACCUCAGUGGACACAAUGUCCACUAGUGUCAUGGGAGGAAGCAACAGCUCGUUGAGUGAUGCACGGGAGGAGGUGCUGAUCACUCCCAUAGAUGAUAUAGCAAUAACAGCCCCAGCGUCGUGUUCUUUCACGCCACUAACAGUUGAUGUUAUUACGUCGACGACAGGUCCUGCACGUGCACCUACAUCGGCAACAGCUGCAGCAGAGAGCGAUUCUUAGGCGACAACAAGUGCAUCAGGUGUUAUUACGUCGACAACUGCAGCAGGUGGUAGUGCAGCGUCGACACCAAACCCAGCUGUGAAUGCCUAUACUCAGUAGACAGGAGACUGUAGACAGCACCACAUACACUCUAACAACCCCGUCAGUCCCGCAGCAGCUAGAGAGGUUCGGUCGUCAUAUCAAGCAGCAUGUGACACUUAAGGGAUACGUAUAUACACAUUGGUCAGAUCCCCCAUCACUAGUUUUAUCACUUAAUGUGUCACGAGAUGCUACAUGACACAUUUAUGUUACAAUACAAACGAAAUAACAGGAUUCAAAAUUUCCCCUCGUCCAUUGUCUAGUUAUUAUUUUUCUCAGGAAGGUAUAAACAUUUUCGUCUAUGGUAUUAGCUUCUACACACACACACACACAACUCCACCAUCCCCUUCCUCCCUCCAUCUACACUCACCCCACCCUACCGCCCCCUUAAACCAGCAGCACUCAAGUCUAACUGCAAAUUAAUAAAUCUGUUGUACAAAUACCAACGUUAAGCUGAACCACACCCACCCACCCACCAUCAAGUUUAGACGAAAGUAGCUCAGAUAUUUGAUAUAUUUUUUCUCCUGGAAAACAUGUGAUAUACUCGUACUUAAGGGGUCAAGUCGGGGGGG